AAAGCAAAACAAAACCCUAAAAAUAGGAAUCGAAUACACAAUCGAUUUUUUUUUUCUUUCUCUUUUGUUAAAAGCGACUUUAAUCGUCUUUCUCCACCAAGUUCUCCUGUCGAAUUUUCCAGAUCGAUUAUGCAAAUCUUAAGUAACUGAAUAAAUUCCUUGGUUUUGACGUGACAAAAGCCUAAGAUUGAGAUUUGUGUAUUAUGCAAGAAGAUGAAGUUUGGAGAGACGUUUACGGAAUAUCUACAUGGAGAAGAGGAGUGGUUCCUAGAAAAAUGUCGUCAUGUAGAAUACAAGAAACUCAAGAAAGUGUUGAAGAAAUGCAAGACAUGUAACUCCACAAGAUCUAAUGAUGAACACAUUGUCUCAUCGGCUACUUCUUUGUCUGAUUCAUGCCAAUGCCAAUCUUGCUCUUGGUGUGAUGAGAUGUUCUUUGCGGAGCUGAUGAAGGAAGUUUCUGACAUAGCGGGAUGCUUCAGGUCAAGAGUGAGGCAUCUUCUCCAUCUUCAUGUAGCCACUGGGAUGCAGAGAUACAUGAUGAGUCUACGCAGAUGCUUCACGGAUGAAAAACAAGCUUUACUCCAAGAGGGCCAAUUCUUGAUUCAGUACAUCACCAUGAAUGCGAUUGCCAUCCGUAAAAUCCUCAAGAAAUAUGACAAGGUGCAUAGCUCAGUGAAUGGUAAGAAAUUCAAGUUGAAAAUGCGAGCGGAGCGCAUAGAGCUUUUGCACUCACCUUGGCUCAUAGAACUUGGAGCCUUUUAUAUCAAUACUGGACUUGACAAAGUUGGAAACUUCAAGAACUCGUUUGGCCGCGUCUCCUGUGAUUAUCUCAACGACGAUCAGCCUAUGAUGCAACUCAUGCUGCCUAAUUCAAUAGAGCUCGAGUUUGAUCUAACUUGCGCAAUCUGCCUCGAAACGGUAUUCAAUCCCUACGCUUUAAAGUGCGGUCACAUAUUUUGUAAAGCAUGUGCGUGCUCGGCUGCUUCUGUAAUGAUCUUCCAAGGGAUUAAAGCAGCACCAAAAAAUUCAAAAUGUCCUAUCUGCAGAGAGGUUGGAGUUUACGCAGAAGCAGUUCACAUGAUUGAGCUGCAUCUUCUCUUAAAGAUAAGAAGCAAAGAGUAUUGGAAGGAGAGGAUGAUGGGUGAACGGUCUGAGAUGGUGAAGCAGUCUAAGAUGUUUUGGAACGAACAGACGAAGCAUAUGAUCGGUUACUAAGUGUUGGUUUCUUCAGUUAUUAUCUUCUUUCAAAAAAAAAAAAGUGAUGACCAAAAAAAAAAGAAAAAGGAAAUAUCUAUACGUUAUUUAUUUCUGCCAUUCCCUAGAUGAUACUGAAUCUACUGAUUCGAUUAAAAAAAAAUGUCAACAGUAGGAGAUUUGUUUUUUUUUUUCUAUGGUGAUGCACAAAUCAAGUUAUGCGUGAAUA